UGGUUAUUUUUUUUAAUACCAUGCCAAUAUGUUCCAUGCUUCUUGUUCUGAAAUAGGUUAUUGUUGAGUUUUUGUCUGUUGUUUAUCUUUCACGGCCGUAUAUACGCAUACUGGUACUUAUUGUUGAGUUUUUUUUUCUAAUGUUUAUCUUUCAUGUCCAUAUGCAUACUGUAGUGGAAAACUAGGCUCUUGGAGUCCAUUGGAUGAGUGGAUUUAGUUUUGGUAGAUAUGGGAUUUUAUUAUUACUUGAUUAUCAUGUUGAUGUUAUAUUUGUUGGAUAUGAGGUUGGCUUGAUUUAAAGUUAUAUUUGUUGAUUAUCAGGUUGAUUAUUAGAUUUUUUUAAACAAAAAUUCGAGCUCAAGCCCCGAGCUCACCAGGCUCUGGCGAGCUUGAGCAUGGUGGCAACCCGAGUCGAGCUGAAGCUCAAGCUGAGCUUUCAGACUCAAAUCGAGCUCGAUCCUGAGCUCAGGUUUUCCGAGCCGAGCUUGAGCUCAGUGAAGCUUGGUUUGACUCGUUUUGAUUGCGAUUCUAGUAACUCUGACUACACCCAACCUUCAUAACUAGAAUUUAGGGUUUAGUGCUCUGAGGUGAAACUCUCAACUUUCAAUUACUUCUCUUUGGUUGUGGUGAAACCCUAAAACCUGUGCUCCUGCUUUUUUUAUUUUACUGCAAUAUUUGUAUUUAUAUAUAUGUUUAUAUUCUUCUUUUCUAUGUUAGAUAUUAAAGAUUCAAUGGUAAAGAAACGGAAACACGGUGAAUCAUCUGAGGUUGAUGCAACUGUAAAAAAAGAUGAAAUUGCUACAGAAAGGCCUAAAAGAACACUUGUGGGUUGGAAAGAUGGUAGGAUUGAACAGAAAGAAACAGAUUUUACAACUUUUAGAAAUAAAGAGAAGGUUUUGGUUACUUGUUCACGCCGCAUCAAUUACAGGUAUCGGCAUUUGAUGUUGAAUGUGGUGUCACUCUUGCCCCAUUGUAAGAAGGAUAACAAGGUUGAAUCUAAAGAAAGUAAGGGUGCAACUCUAAAUGAGCUAGUUGAGCUGAAAGGUUGUUCUUCUUGCUUGUUUUUCGAGCAGUGCAGAAAGCACAAAGACCUUUACCUAUGGAUGGUGAAGUGUCCCAGUGGUCCAUCAGUGAAAUUUUUAGUCAAUGCUGUUCACACAAUGGAAGAGUUGAAGCUUACUGGAAAUCAUCUGAAAGGUUCAAGACCGAUUUUGACCUUCUCAAGUAAUUUUGAUAAAAGCCCUCACUGGAAACUCCUGAAAGAGAUGUUCUUGCAGAUAUUUGGAACUCCAAAAGACCACAGGAAAUCUAAACCUUAUCAUGAUCACGUAUUUGUUUUCUCAAUUGUUGAUGAUCACAUAUGGUUCCGGAAUUACCAGAUAUCUGUUCCUCAUAGUGAAGCAGAUAAAGUGGACAGAGGGGGCCUGGAUAAAAUGACGCUUGUUGAGGUUGGUCCAAGAUUUUGUUUGAACCCUAUCAAGAUAUUUGGAGGCAGCUUUGGGGGCCCAACACUAUAUGAGAAUCCCUUUUAUGUUUCACCUAACCAGAUUCGAGCAUUAGAGAAGAGGCAGAAAGCUGGUAAAUUUGCAAAGAAAGUGAAAGCUAAAACGAGGAGGAAGAUGCAUGAGCUGUCAAAUCCACUGGAACCUGACGAGUUUGCAGAUAUGUGGAAAGAAUGAUAAAUUAGUUCACCAAAUAUUUACGUGUUAUUUGAUGUACCUUUCUUGAUUAUCUUUCAUUUCUUGCUAGGUAAGGAGGUCCCCACCCAGAAACCCAAAGCCACAAGAAAAAAAAAACACAGGGUAACUUGUGCCCGCAUGAGAUGGAAAAUUUUUGGUUGAGUUCAAAACCUUGUCUGGCUGUGGCUUCAUUGUUGGGUGGUUGAUGUAUUAAAUACCCAUUUAUUUUGAAUUGGGAUAUGAUGUUCUUCGAUCA